GAAAACAGCAUAUAAUGAACAAAUAACAAAGCUAAAUAAAGAACAAGAACAAUGCAUACAGGAAAGAUUGGAAUUACUACAAAGAAAAAUGGAAUUACAAUGUCGCAAACAAGCAGAUGAAUUAAAUAAAUACAAAGCUCAUGUUGCUAACAUGAGUUCACAGCUUUGGAAUGUUGGAGAAAAAUUAUUAAGUGAACAGCAAGAAAAGGAAAAAUUACAAAAGAAAUUAACAGAAUUGAAAACUAAAUAUCAAGAUUUGGAUCAAAAAUUUGUUCUUUAAAAGAAUAUAAGAAUUUAAAAUGUGAAAAAGAUUUAUUAGGAGAAAAUAAAGAUGUUUUACAUAAAAUAUCAAUAAUAGAAGAAAAAACAACAUAUGAAAGAAAAUAUAGUAUUAGGAAUAUACAAACAAUGGGUAAUGUAUUUAAUGCAGAAGAUGAAGAAGGAGAAGUAUUUGAUAAUAUUUAUUUAGCUGAUAUAAAAGAUGAUAAUUCUUCGUGUGGCAUUGAUACAGAUAGAUUAUCUAUUUUGAAAAAAAGAAAUGCUCUUUGCAAACCUCAUUUAAAAUCAUCUUAUCCAGCAGAAAUGCAAUUUCAUCCUCUACCAUUUACAGAAGAAGAAAUUAAAUCAGGUUCAGUCCCAGAUGAAAUAUUUAAUGAUAGUUUAAGUCAAAGUUUACUUCCUGAACAAAAAACUAAAAAAAAAGAUAGAACACAGACAUCAUAUAAAAAACCUGGUCCUCCAACUCCUAGUAAAAAUGGAGGGAGACUAUCAUUACAGGGUAAUGAAUUAAGAAGUCCAAGUUCAAGAAUAUUAAGAGAAAGAAACAAAGAUAGAGCAACAACUACACCACGCACAUUGAAAAAUUUAUUCCUUUCAAGACGUCAAGAUGAAAAUGUCAUUACACCAAGAGGUCGUAGAAGAAGUAGCAUUUUCCGUAAAUAUCGUAAUGUAAAUGAUAGAUAAGUAAUCAUAUAUGUAAUAUAAAAUUUUUACUAACAAUAAUUAAUAUUAAUUGUAAAAAAAUGUAUUUCCUUUACGCUUUUCAUAUCAAAUUAUAUAAUAAUUGUAUAAUAGUAAAAGUAGAAUAAUAAUAAAAAGUAUAGAAUAUAA